AUUUUCUUCUUGUUUCACGUGAUUUCCAUUUAUAAUUCCAUCUUCAGAUCUCUGUUUGGAUUUUGGUCCCGUUUUAUAUGAAUUAUAUUAUUAUUCAACCAAUUUAUAUCCAUUUUUUCAGUGUUUCAUAUGCAUUUCAUCAUCAUCAUUGAUUUUGAUUGAUAAUGCACAAAAAAUUCCAUUCAUAUGAGACAACCCUGUUGAAAAUUAUAUUCUCUAUGAUGAAAAUCGAAUGAAGAAUUUGAUUCAAAACAAGAAUUAUUUUUCCCAAUACAAUAUAUUCUAUCCGUGAUCGAAAGUAUUUUUCGACAGAAAAAUUGUAUUCUCAUCCUUGACGUCUGUGUCUGUGUCUGUGUGUUUAAUAUUAUUAUUAUAUGUGCAAAAAAGAAAGACAAAAUAUAAUAAUAAAUAUAAAUAUAAUAUAAACGAUGAACAAAAUGCAAACUUAUCUCAAUUCAACAUUGAUUUGUUUGAUACAUAAUUCACAAUUGUUUUCACAAUUCGCCACAGUAGCGAAUUCAAGUGGCUCGACCAUUACUAAUACAACAACAACAACUACUACCAAUAAUAAUAAUAAUAAUUCACAAAUUAUCGGUAUGCCAACAUCAUCAUUGUCAGCUGGUGACAUUGUAUCGAUUGUUCAACAGCAGCAGCAGCAGCAACAACAUCAUCAUCAUCAUUCACAACCAUCGCAUUCAAUUAACAAUAUUGGUAAAACAAUAAACACAACAAAUAAUACACAAAAAUUAUCAACUGGACGUAUGACAGCAACAGCAACAACGAAUGGUGGAUUAUUUUCAUCAUCAUCAUCAUAUAAUAAUAAUCAACAGCAAUUAAAUAAUAAUAAAAUGUCCGGCGGAAUUCGUCGUUCGGUUAGCAGUGGCAACAGUUCAACUGUAACUGCUACAACACAAUCAACAACAACGACAAAUAAUCACCAUAAUCAUCAUCAACAUCAACAUCAUAAUCAUUCAACAAUAAAUAAUAAUUUGGCUGGUCGUAAUAAUAAUAUGAUAUCAACAUCAUCAUCAUUAUCAUCUUCCAAAAAUGUGAAUACUCAAUCUAUACCAUCAUCAACAGCAACAUCGAUAACCAAUCAUUAUACGAAAAAUACGAUUAAUAAUAAUGGAUCAGGACAUAAUCAUCAAAAUCAUAAUCAUAAAUCUUCAUCUGAUCCACAUAAAAAAUUGGAUCGAAGUUAUAGUGAACCAGCUGAAAAACAAAAACAACAAAAUAUUUCAUCAUCAUCUCAACAGCAACAACAGCAGCAGCAACAACAACAACAACAGCAAACAUCAUCACGUUAUAAAACCGAAUUAUGUCGAAGUUUUGCUGAAGUUGGUCAUUGCAAAUAUGGUGAUAAAUGUCAAUUUGCACAUGGUGAUGAAGAAUUACGUACGAUUACAAGACAUCCAAAAUUUAAGACAGAAAAUUGUAAAAGUUUUCAUUCAACUGGAUUCUGUCCAUAUGGUCCAAGAUGUCAUUUCAUUCAUAAUAGUGAUGAAUCAAAGAAAAGUUUAACACAGAUACCAUCGUCUAUUGGUUCGAAUUCACGUUUGUUUGAUCCAUUACCGAUUGGAAAUAUGAUUGCCAAUCAUCAUCAAUUGGUUCAAUCACAGUCAAGUGGACCAAGUAUUGGCCUUUCAUUGAUUUCGAAUCAAUUACCACCAUUCGGUUCGAAUAAUACAAAUGCAAAUCUUGUAAGACCAAAAGCAUUAUCAUUGGGUAGCUAUAGCCUUGGAUCAUCUGGAGAAAUAUCAUCACCAAGUAGCCAAAGUGGUAGCCCAACAUCAUUGAAUAGUUUUUUCAGUGAAGAAACUGCAUUUGCAUUGAAUUCAAUGCAUGGAAUGCAUUCAAACUCAAGAAUGUCUUCAUCGAACAACAACAAUUAUUCAACGAUUAGCUCAAAAACAUUCUCAUUUUCACCAGAUAGUGCUUUCGAAGCUUUUAAUCCAAACAAUAAUAACCACCACCAUCAACAGCAACAAAAUGUGACCACCAAUGCUAAUGCCAAUUUAAAUUUUGUAAAUGGAAACGGUAGCCAUCAGAAAACAUCAUCAAUAUUUAUUGGUACUAAUAAUAAUGAUCAUAAUGGAUGUAAUUCAAAUUUCUCUUCACCUGAACCAAUUGUUAAUCGUACUACCAACAAUAAUAUUGCCAUUGAUCAAACAACGAAUAGUGUCAUUUCACAAUUGUUUGGUUCCGGUUCUUGUGGAUCAAGUCCAACAUCAUUUGAUCAGCCAUUAGUUUCAUUUGAUGAAAUGAUUGGAAUGGCAUCAUUUAACGAUCAUAUUAAUGAACAUUGCUUUCAAAAAUCAUCGAUUCCGAUUGGAUGCCCACAGCAACAACAACAUCAUAUGUUAUUCUAUCCAUCAUCACCCGAAUCUCCUGUAGAUAGUGUUGCUUCGGAAAUUGAAGCCUUAAAAUUGGGUGAACAUCUACCAUCACCCUCAUUAUCAUCACAACCACCGCAAAAACAGCAACCACAACUACCACCACCACCACCACCACUAGCAUCAUCAUUGAUGACGUCAAUCGAUUUCAGUCCCAUAUCGAGUUCAUUUUCGACAACAUCUUCAAUGUCUACAAUGUCAUCAUCAUCUUCAUCAUUGAAUUCAUCACCACCAAAUAGCAGUGGUUAUAAUAAUGGCCAUGGUUCAUAUGACAAAUUUACAUUCUUUACGAAUGGUUUAACUGGUACAUCAACACAACAAUCAUCGAUUACAUUAAAUAAUCAUCAUCAACAACAACAUCAAACUUCGGACGUCAUCUGUGGCAAUGGUGGUGGUUGUGGUUCGACUAACAUUCCUCGUUUACCGACUUUCACCAAGAUUGUAUCUGCCACUAAUAGUAAUAUUGGCCAAUUAUAAUCACCAUUCACAUAAUUAUAUAAUUGGAACGAAUACAUUGAUAAAACAAAAACAAAACGAUUCUCUCUAACACCAAAGUAUCAUCAUCUUGAAAGAAUUUCAAUUAUCAUCAAAAUAUCUCGAUAUAAAAUAACGUUAUUGGUAAUUUUUCAUUACAUAAUUUUUUUCUACAAUGGUCGAUUACCUGGCCAUCUUUUUCUCAUUCAUAAUCAUUAUUAUUAUUAUUAUUUGGAAAUGAAAAAUCAUUCAUCAUCAUCAUUAUCAUUUUUCUUCUGCUGACACAAUCAUCCAAUCCAUUGUGUCAUACAACGGAUACACACCAAUCCUUGGGGUCCAAAGUAAUGUGUGUGUGUGU